GUCCUUCUCUACAAAUUAAAAUCCUCUCAUAGCCUCUGAUACAUAGCAUAUAGAAAGUGCCACUUCGAUCCUUUUAGUUAAAAGCUGCAUGUUGCUUCCCCAUCAAUGGCUGCUAUAAGGAAUCUAGCCCUUACAGCUUUGAUCGUUGCGUUCAACAUUGCUGUUGUGUGUGAAAGCAGAGUGGCGAGGAAGGAUCUGGGGUUGGACCUCGGUGGGGUGGGUAUUGGCGUGGGUGCUGGCAUCGGUAUAGGGCUCGGCGGCGGCGGCUCUGGUGCUGGUGCAGGGUCUGGCUCGGGUUCGGGGUCUGGGUCUAGCUCCAGCUCAAGUUCGGGCUCAUAUUCAAGUUCAGGGUCUGGUGGCGGAACGUCCGGGGCAGGUUCAGAGGCAGGCUCACACACCGGAUCUCGUGCGGGAUCAGGAUCUGGGUCGUCUGGAGCAGGUUCGGAGGCCGGGUCAUACGCCGGAUCUCAUGCCGGGUCAAGGUCGAACGGAGGAGGAGGAGGAGGUGGUGAAGGUGGUGGAUACGGCGGAGGCUAUGGAGGUGGAAACGGAAAGUGAAAGAUUAAUAUAGUUAACAAGGAAAGCUUGUGAUGGAUGUUUGAAUAAGUGAUGAUGCAUUGAUGAAUAUGGAUGGAUUUUCAAAAGAUCAUUUCAUGCAUGUGUGAGUCAUGUUGGUUGUUAAUUGGAUUGUAUGUGUUAGUCAUGUGUGCUUUAAUUAUUGUUACUACAUAAUCAAGUAAUAGUUGGAUGAAUGAUAAAUGUGGGAAUGAGUCAUAUUGCAUGCA